AAGAUUUAUACAUUCACCCCAGAUAAAUACUUUUGUUCAAUAACACCCCCUACCCCGAUUAAACUCAGUUUCCAGAGUGAGCUGCUUUUACUCUAAAGAUGAAGAAAAGCUGAAACAAAAAAUGACGAUUUCUACAUUACUCUCAAUCUCUCCUUGCACUCUGUCUCCCUCAUCCACAAAAACACAUCUACUGACUCCAAUACCCACUAGGCCUUUCUCAUCUCCCAUCUCUCCAGGAGGAUUGAAUCAGAACAGUACCCUACAGAGUCAAAGGUACAGUCUUUUCUACCCAUCACGCCGUGACUUCACCACCCGUUGCUCUUCUCCAGAUGGGUUUCUCCGAGAAGAAGAAGAAGAUAACGAACUCAUCCAGCUUCCUCCGUCUAUUGGCGCAAACCCAUUGAAACUCGCGAUAUGCGUUGUGUUCUGGACCGCUUUCUCUUUGCUCUGGUUCGCUAGGUCCGGCGAUGCCAAAGGCGCCGCUGACUCCAUCAAAUCAUCCACCUUUGGUCUCAAAAUCGCCGCUGCUCUCCGCCGGUUUGGUUGGCGAGACGAAGCUGUGGUCUUUGCUUUAGCCACGCUUCCGGUUAUCGAGCUCCGUGGUGCUAUACCAGUUGGUUAUUGGAUGCAGCUUAAACCAACGGUUCUCACUUUCUUCUCUGUUCUUGGCAAUAUGGUUCCGGUUCCAUUUAUCAUACUCUACCUCAAAAAGUUAGCCUCUUUCUUGGCGGGUAAGAGCAGAACAGCUUCUAAGUUACUUGAAAUCUUGUUCAAAAGAGCUAAAGAGAAGGCUGGACCUGUGGAAGAGUUCCAGUGGUUAGGACUAAUGCUCUUUGUAGCCGUUCCGUUCCCUGGAACUGGUGCUUGGACAGGAGCUAUCAUAGCAUCGAUCCUAGACAUGCCCUUCUGGUCUGCUGUUUCCUCUAAUUUCUGCGGGGUUGUGUUAGCGGGGCUGCUUGUGAACUUGCUGGUGAAUCUUGGUUUGAGAGAAGCUAUUGUGGCUGGUGUUGCUCUCUUCUUUGUGUCUACGUUUAUGUGGAGUGUUAUGAGGAAGAUUAGGAAGUCUAUAAGACCAACUUUGCCUUGAAUUGGUUUUUGAUGAUGAGCAAGAACAGAGUUCUUCACAUAUUGUUACUUGUUUCUUCUCACUGUUAGUAAUGUUCAAGUGAUUUUUGGUA